AUGGUGACCCCAAACAGUAUCUACGUUGGUAAAAGCAAGAAUAUCUCGCCAGAAAUCAAUGACAGUUAUACUAAAAUAGACAAAUAUAUAGUAACCUCUAAUGUUAAUGAAGGUAGCGAGCUUAUUAAUACUGUAAGUAGCAAAAACUACCAAACAUUAAUCGAUAGAUUUAGGAGAAAAGAUCUCAAAACAACAGUAACCACAGAUGUUUCUAAGAACGCUUUGAACAUUGAAGAUGAUUAUGACAUCAAUUUCGAAUUGGAAGACGAAAGUAUUGCUAGUAAAUUAGAUAACAACUCCAUGGAAAAACUAAGAUUUGAUGAAGCAACUAGGACUAAAAUAUUCAAUGAUUUUUCAAAAACUGUAAAAGGUGUAAGCAAAAACCAAUCUAAAUUCGAAACGCCUGAAGACGUGACGAUACCUAAUAGGAAAGAAAAGGUUGAUCAGGGAGAUACAAAUGUCACAGAUGAUCUGUUAGAAUUAUCUAUAUUAAAUCCUACGUCCUACCAAAUUCCUUCAAAUACAGGAGUACAACAAACACCACGGACAGGAUUUCUUGAUGCAUCAUGGUUAGCAUCCGACUUGCAUCUGGAGCGAGUACCAUCUACCACCUCCAUUGGUUACCGUCCAGCGCGUCUCUUACUAUACUAUAACCGUCUAGAAAUUAGGAAAGAUGAGUCUGCCACUUAG